AUGUCUGCGAAGAGGGUACCGGCUCCCGCUGGAGACCAACCGAUCAACGUCCAAACUCUUCUCCGUGCUGGGCACUACCUCGUGGUGUUUUCUUGGUGUGCUUGUCCAAUCGAACGCAAACAGACUGCACGAGCGUUCGCUCCCCCACCAGGGGACGCUUCAGCUCUAUCCCCUUGAAGUCGAAUUCCGACACGCCUCCACCAAACACCGCUUUCCUUCAGAACGCUACAUUUUUUAUUUUUCUUAGUAUGACACAACGAGUCCAUCUCUAUCAUAGAAAAGAGUCAGAGACAGAUUAACAAUGGAAUCAUAGCGUCAGAGAAAACUACCUGUGUGUCUACGAUUUCCCAGACAGCAUAUAGAGACAUCUCCCCUGUGGGUAACAGGCUCAACAAAUCAGUUUGGUAGCUGUCUUGUGUGUCUCAUAUAUGUUAUGUUGGGAAGGUGCAGACGAAAGGUGUUGGGUACUGUUGGGUAGUCGGGCGUUUUGUGUGUCGCACCCUAUUAGUUCUAACACAUGCAAUCUCCAUCAGUUUACAAACAUAUCCUCAGUUUGGUAUGCAUAUGUGCGGAGUAUGUGCGGCUGAUGUGCCAUCUCUAUCAUAGAUAAGAGUCAGAGACAGAUUAACAAUGGAAUCAUAGGGUCAGAGAAAACUACCUGUAUGUCUACGAUUUCCUAGACAGCAUAUAGGGACAACUCUCGGGUGACAGGCUCAAAAGAUCAGUUUGGUAGCUGUCUUGUGUGUGUCAUAUAUGUUAUGUUGUGGAAUUUCAUGUCGUUAAAUGUGAGAAGGGCACGUGAGAACAUUUCUCAUCAUUGCCUCCUGAUGACGUGGUCGCCGAUAGAGGCGUGUGGUUGAUGAGGUUUCAUAACCGACAUGUGGGCGUGUGUUAAAUGCAGUGGGUGUGUUCACCUCUCUCGUCCGUGUGUAGGUAGGAGGUAUGGCUACCUCUCCCAUUUGUAGGCAGCGUGCACCAUACUUGUAAAUAUAGUCUAGACAGAGUUCAUCAUUUCAUGCAUGUUACAUCAUUUGUGUUUGACAAGGGAGGAAUGAAAGGUUGUGCGUAUGGGUACGGGGGUACUCCCUGUGUCCGUGUUGUUCCCAUUUUUGCCGCCU